CGCCCCACGUCCCUCCUCCGCAUCCGUGCGGGGGAGCGGACGGUCCGGUGCUGAAUGGGCGCGAGCGCGGCGCCGGGGACGGGCGGGGGCGCGGGGCCCGGGACUGGCAGGCGGCCGGCGCCCCCUCCCUAGCAUGCGGACGAAGGCGGCAGGCGGCGCGGAGCGGCGUCCCCUGCAGCUGCGAACAGACUCGGUGGCGGCGGCACCUGCCGGCCGAGCAAUGCCCAGUGAGUAUAACUGUGUGAAACUGAGAAGUGAUCGCUCGAGACCCUCUCUGCAAUGGUACACCCGAGCUCAGAACAAGAUGAGAAGACCCAACUUGAUACUUAAAGACAUCCUCAAGUGUACCUUGCUCGUGUUUGGAGUGUGGAUCCUUUAUAUUCUCAAGUUAAAUUAUACUACUGAAGAAUGUGACAUGAAAAAAAUGCAUUAUGUGGACCCGGACCGUGUAAAGAGAGCUCAGAAGUACGCUCAGCAAGUCUUGCGAAAGGAGUGCCGACCCAAGUUCGCGAAGAAGUCCAUGGCCCGGUUGUUUGAGCACAGGUACAGCCCGGACUUACCGCCUUUCGUGAAGGAGGCCCCCAAGGUGAACGAAGCCGAGUACAAGUAUGACCCGCCUUUUGGUUUCCGGAAGUUCUCCAGUCAAGUCCAGACCCUCUUGGAGAUACUGCCUGAGCAUGACCUGCCUGAACACUUGCGAGCCAAGAGCUGUAGGCGUUGUGUGGUUAUUGGAAGUGGCGGAAUCCUCCACGGACUAGCGCUGGGCCAUGCCCUGAACCAGUUCGAUGUCGUGAUAAGGAUGCGCCGAACCAGGAGUACAGUGCCCACUGGGUCUUCAUCAGAUUUGCUGAGCCCGAAUGUGUUAAACAGUGCACCAGUUGAAGGAUAUUCGGAGCAUGUUGGUAAUAAAACUACUAUCAGGAUGACUUAUCCAGAGGGCGCGCCACUGUCUGACCUUGAAUAUUAUUCCAAUGACUUGUUUGUUGCUGUUUUAUUUAAGAGUGUUGACUUCAACUGGCUUCAAGCAAUGGUAAAAAACGAAACCCUGCCAUUUUGGGUGCGGCUCUUCUUUUGGAAGCAGGUGGCGGAAAAAAUCCCACUACAGCCGAAACACUUCAGGAUUUUGAAUCCAGUUAUUAUCAAAGAGACGGCCUUUGACAUCCUUCAGUACUCGGAGCCCCAGUCAAGGUUCUGGGGCCGAGAUAAGAAUGUGCCCACCAUUGGUGUCAUUGCUGUCAUCCUAGCCACGCACCUGUGUGACGAAGUCAGCUUGGCAGGCUUUGGAUAUGACCUCAAUCAACCCAAAACACCUUUGCACUACUUCGACAAUCUCUGCAUGGCUGCCAUGAACUUUCAAACUAUGCAUAAUGUGACAACAGAGACCAGAUUCCUCGUGAGGCUGGUCAAAGAGGGUGUGGUGGAGGACCUCAGCGGAGGCAUCCAUUGUGAAUUCUGAGCACAAACAAACCUCAUCCGACAAUGCAGCUCCGACUCUGAGGGCUGGUUUUUCAGAGCCUUCUCCAUGACUGCAUCCUGCAAAUCCUUUGAAGUGCAGCCGGUGUUUUUAACUUUUAAUUUAAAAAAAAAAAAAUGAUAAGUUUCACUCUUCCCACUCUGUCCCCACUAUUUAUUUGAGGUCAGUGUUUUUGCACAACAUUUUGUAAGAUAAUUUUGAGAACUGACUUGGAAAGACUUUUCAAAGAGACUUGUAUGUAACGAUGUUUUAUUGUGUUUUAAGAACGUUAUUUAAUUUGUAAAAACUCUGUCUGUGUCUACUGCACAUAGAAUACCUGGUAACUGAGUAGAAGGAGAAUGGAGGUCACUCCUUCCUUGAGAGCCCUGAAUGCCAGAUUCUGGUUCCCUGUCACUUUUUGGCGGGACACAUGUCUGAGGCGCUUCCGGGAUGACGUGCUCAGUAACUAAACCAUGGGUACUAGGUCAGCCGUGCUGCUGCGUGAGGCCUGGGCAGUUCGGAGAAGUUCCCGGCCCCUCUCUGUCGGUCAGCCUUCUGCCAGAAGACUUGUUGCCGUCCACCAAGGAUCUGUCCCUGGCCAGAGAGGGACACAGAAGAUAUUUUCUGUAUCUUCAGAAUAUACAAAGCCACCCUGGGCUGCAGAAGCAACUCUCUCCCCUGAAAUGAUGACAGCUCUUGAAUUUCCCGAGAGGUUUUUUUGUUUUUUGGUUUUUUUUUACUGCCCUUCCAAAGCACUUAAAUUAGUCGGUGGCUUAUAAAAUUUAGCACACAAUCUCUGUCCUCCAGAGUUGUAGAAGGAUAAACCCUUUCCAAGAAUAGUCACAUUUUCUGAAACACUGAAAUAAAAUCCUCCCAGUGUUAUAAAUUGCCUAUUAAAAAAAAAAAAGUUUUUUUUUAAAUGCCUACCUGGCGGUGUGUACCAGGUAGUGUGCAGGUAAAAAAAAAAAAAUAGAAUAAAAGCUUUUGAGGAGC